AUGGAGACUCUUGGGUACAUCAUCCACAUAAGGGUGAUAGACCACACCGAUGCUGCCUCUUUUGUUUUGUUUGAUGGAGAAGUUGCAAAGUUUCUUGGAGUUUCUGCUAAUGACCUUAGGCAGUCUUGUGUGACUAAGGGUGUUGAGAAAAAUUCCUGUCCCAAAGAAAUUAAUAAACUUAGGGAUAUUAAGUUCAUCUUCAAAGUGCAACUCAAGAUGAGGAAUCUGAACUCUUAUGAACCAUAUGUGAUUCAUGUGCUGAGAAUGACUAAUGAGAAUUCUCUGAUCUCUGCCUUCCUGGAUAAAUACAAUCCUGACACUGGCCUUUUGUCCCAUGAAAAUUCUGAACUAUUGAGUUUGUCUACUGGUCCACACGACACUUCUAAGGCUUGUGAGAGUGAGCCAACUCCAUCACCUGCAGUUGAUGAGAAACAUAAUUCUAAGAUUCUCGGAGCUAAGAAACAUAUUGAAGAGAUUGGAGAGGAGUGGGUUGUGGUGGAGGACUAAAUCAACACGCCUCUACACAGUUCGAUUUAAAAUAUAGGAGAUUAAUUUAUUUAAACUAUUAUUUGAAUGAACUAUGGUUGUUUAGAG